AUGGAUCUCGAUAAUAAUAAAACUGAUAAUCAACAAUCUACUAGACAAUCAUCUAAUGAUAAGCAGGCUUCAAACCCGCCUUCAGAAGAUUUAGAUAAUCAACAAAAUGGCAAAUUGUCUUUUAGGGCUAGAGCUCCAUUCAAUAAGAUUCUGGGUAACAAUAGGAUCACUAAGAUAAAAUUCCUUAAAAGUCAAUUGUAUAAAGAUUAUAAUAUCGUGAAGAUUACAACUAUCUAUCAGAAAAAAAAUAAAGAAAACCUUUUCCAAAUUGAGUUCAAUAAUCAAGAUCAAUACAACAAAUUUAUUAACGCUGAAUUCAAAUUUAUGGAAAAUGAUGAACCAAUAAAAUUUCAAAUAAAAAAUGAUAGUGAUAAAAUCGAAAAGACAAAAGAAAAAGAGGUGCAGAAGUUGUGUGUGAUUCAAGUUCUUAAUAUUCCCCUUAACUAUAAACCAUACGAAAUUCGUGCGAUAUUUAGUAAAUAUGGAAAGAUUGAAGACUUGUAUACUAGAGUUAAAGGAAGAGAAUUGACCGAAUUGCUUAAGGGAUCUGGCGCUAAAAGUGUAGUUAUUCCCAGAAAUCCAAAAAAUUAUAACUUAUUGAAAUAUGCAAUGGUGUAUUUUCCUGACGAAGAUGUGCUAACAGAAGCAGCAAGUUUGAAAUUAAACAUUAAGAGAAGCAUACUUUUUUGGUUUAACCUAGACGAAAAAGCUUGUCACGUGUGCGGCUCUCCUGAACAUAUUGCCAAAGAUUGCGACAAAGAACGACAAAUUAAACCCAAAUACUUGAACAGAACACAAGCGUUUAGUCAAUUUAAAAAAAAGAAAUCCUCUUCAUAUGCAGAUGUUACUAAAGAAGGAAAUAAUAAUAAAAGAAGACAACAAUCUUAUCCUAAUAAUAAUCGUAGAGAAUGGAAUGAAAAAAAUAUUAUCCACGACAACCCAUAUAUGGGUAAUAAUGGUCAUCGUCAAUCCAAAUCAGUCGACCCAGUCCGACAAGAUAUUGAGUACAUUAAGGAUGCGGCUACUACUUCGUUCAACAAUAACAAUAAAAGAGUUCAUAUCGAAGAUUCUGGAUUGUCAUCUGAUUCAGGAAUGGACGAAUUCGAAGCUAAAUUAUCCAAAUCUGAUGAAAAAAUUGAACAAAAUAUGACCUUAUUGACUCAAAUCGCGAAAAAACUCGACUCCCUUUCAUCUAAAAUUACAUCGUCUUCUAAUACGGCAGGACUAGAAGAUGGAGAUAACGCAAUAGUGGAAGAUUGA